UUCCAUUCAAAAUGGCGUCUGUGGUUGCGCGUGCGGUGGACCGAAGCUCACCUCGGCUUCGAUGUAGCGCCGGCUAGUACCGACUAUCAGCGAUGGUUUCGGGUCACACCGAAUAUUUCCGUUUUCGCGAUAUGGACCAGAUAAUUAGUGAACGGUUUCAUUGAAAGAUUUCCGCACGUGUGUGUAUAUGGAUAUAAAAUGAUAUCCCGGUGUGGAAACAGAGAAAUAAACCGGUUUAAUCCUCGCAGUCGGAGAGAGGCGAAGCUAAUGUUUUAUAUUUGCACUUCCGGGUUCGGACCGUGAUGGAGAUGGACCGAGAGGACGGUACCGAGUUCGUCCUGUCUUUCGCCGUGGAUGUCAAUGAAAACCGAGCUGAAGGAUGUAAAACACACACACACCAACCUUUGGACCAGACUGGGUGUGUUCACAGGAACAGUGUGUUUAUUGCAGGUCCAAAAUAUACUGUGAACUCUGGAGAAAACCGGGUCACUUCUGAGGAGAUAAAUGGGUUUCCAGAACCUGAUGGUGUGAUUGAACUGAAUCUGGAACCAAAGGAUGGAGACUUGAAACCAGACACAUCUGGACACAUCAGGACCCCAGAUGGACAAACAGGAUGUUUUGGAGAAAUCAAUCCCGACUUGAAUCCAAACAGAACUCUUGAUUGUUCCGGUGCUCGCCUGACAGCGUCGGGACUCAUAAACUCGGUAAAUGGAGAAGAAGUGGAUUUUUGUGGAUUCCAUGCCAGCCCGGUCGUAAGUGAAGGAACAGCAGGUGUUGGGGGAAACAUUGGCAGUCUGAUCACAUCUGGAGAAACAUCAGAUACUAGAGGAACCCGCUCCAGCUGGUUUAUAUCUGGUGAAACAGUGAGCGUUCAUGGAAGCGACGGUCGUCCGACUGCAUCUGGACACGUAAACACAUCAGAUGUUUGGGAAUUCCAUGCCAAUACACUUGUGAUUGGAGAAUCCAGUGGCAAUCAGACCACAUCUGCAGAAACAUCAGGUGCUAGAGGAACCAACAUAAGCUGGGCUGUAACUGGAGAAGCAGCUAGCAUUGCUGAAACUAACGGCAAUCCGACUGCGUCUAGAACCACGUACACGUCAGAUGGAGGAGAUGAAGAUGUUUGGGAAUUUCAUGGUAAUCAGGCAACAUCUGGAGAAAUAAUGGCAACCCGAUUGACCCGUGUCAGCCCAGAUGCUUUAGUAGAAACAUCAGGCACCAGGGGAUCCAAUGCUGUAGCUCGAACAACAGUAAGUAUUAGAGGAACCGAUGCUAUUCCUACCACAUCUGGACCUCGUGCCAACAUGAGUACAUGUGAAGAAACGAUCAACAACUCGAGAACCUGUAUUCGCCUGAUUGUAGCUGGAGAAAUGAUGGAUAUUGGAGGAACCACUGGUGAUUUGACAGCGUCUGGGGAAAGAGAUGGAACCAGAUGUACCCAGGUCAGCUCGGUUGUUGAAGAAGAAACCUCACAGACUCGGGAAACCAACGCUAGCCCAAGGGUAGCUAAUGAAAUGGUGGAUAUUGGAGGAACCAGUGCUAGUUUGUCCACAUGUGGAGAAACAGCAGGUACAAGGAGAACCAGUGCCGGCCCAAUUGUUACAGCAGAAGACAUGUUAGGAACCUGCGAAAACAACACCAGUUUGAGUGUAGCUGGAGAAACAGUGAGUAUUGGAGGAAAUCAUGCCAAUCUAACCACAUCUGGAGAAACAGCAGAUACCAAGAGAACCAAUCCUGGCCCAUUUGUAGCUGGAAUUGUUGGCAGCCUGACCCCAUUAGAUGUCACAACAGCAGCUACUGUAACUGGAGAACCUGUGAGCAUGAGGGAAACUGGUGUGAGCCAAGUAGCAGCUGGACCCAUCGACACAGUGUCACUUGUGGACGGAGUGUUACCUCAGGAUCAGGUUUCUGGGAAUUCCCAGCUGGGAAAUGAUGCGACGAAAACCAAGUUUGCCAUCUGGGAAAAUCCAUACUGUCAAGUAAGUCCAAGGGUGUGUGUCGGGAAGCGUCCGAGUGCCUGCUGUACGGAAUUGGAGAUGAAAAUACCCAACGGAGACGUGAACUCUGGAGAAUUACAGAUGGACAAAAUUCAGUGUGAAGGAACCUUUACAAACGAAGCUCUCGACAAAGGUGUCAGGGUGGGAAAUUGCGGAUAUUUAGUUAUAAACCGGAGAACCAUGUCGGGAACCUCCUCCAUCCCCAUUUAUUCCCUCAGGGAACCUUGGAACGCCGCAGAACGGAAACAGGAAGUGAGGAGAAUCUCAGAUCUUGGACCAGAAACCAACCCAAAACUUUCUAUAGCUAACGUUAAUGAAGAAGCGAGCAACCAUGAGAUCGAAACUCGACCAGAGUACGAUGUGGACUUUCGCGACGGUGUCGGUGUGGCGAGACCGCGGACUCUGAGGACUAAUCCCGGGCAGGCGGUGUCACUCAGCUGUGACUCCACCCCCCUGAACGACGAUAACGCCGGUUAUUUCGUAGACGAUGGAGACAUGGACGUUAUUAUGAACAGCUUGGAGGUCGGCCGUCGACAGAGUGCUCCUGAUAAACUUCAGGGGGGCGUCGAUCCUGAACCAUCAGCCGAGCGGACGGCGAACAAGAGGCACGGUUUCGCCGAUUUCCUAACGAGAAGUCUGUUCUCCUGGAAGCCCAGAGAGACGAAGGCCACGGCACCUGCUUCAGGAUGGAGGUUAUUCGGGAAAAUUUCUCCCAAGGAAAACGACACAAAAGACUCCAGAAUCCCACAGCAGCCUGAGCGAGCAAGACGUAAGAAUCUGGAGUUUGAGCCUCUGUCCACCUCGGGUCUCAUUCUGGAGGACAGACCCGCGAACCUGCCCGCGAAAUCCGAGGAAGAAGCUCAGAGACACAGACAGCAGUACAGCGAGAUGAUGGCAGGAGCGAAGAGGAGGGAGCUGAAGGAGGCUCAGCGUAAGAAGAAGCAGAUGAAGGAGAGACACCGGCAGGAGGAGAGCAUCGCUCGUGCUCUGGUCGUCUGGAACACGGAGAUCCUGCCCAACUGGGAGAACAUGAGGAACACGCGGCGUGUGCGGGAGUUGUGGUGGCAGGGUCUCCCACCGAGCAUCCGCGGAAAAAUCUGGAGCCUCGCCAUCGGAAACGAGCUCAACAUCACGCCCGAACUGUACGAAAUCUUCCUGUCUCGCGCUAAAGAGAAGUGGCGCAGUUUCGACGAGACGGGAUCGCUCAGUGAGAGCGAAGACUGUGGGGUCGAUAAGGAGUCGAGUUUGGACCUGAUUAAGCUGGACAUUUUCAGGACUUUCCCUUCGCUCUAUAUAUUCCAGAAGGGUGGACCAUAUCAUGAUGUUUUGCACAAUGUCCUGGGGGCUUACACGUGCUACAGACCUGAUGUAGGAUAUGUGCAGGGAAUGUCCUUCAUAGCUGCUGUUCUUAUUCUGAACCACGAAGAAGCUGACGCCUUUAUUGCCUUUGCUAACCUCCUCAACAAACCAUGUCAAAUAGCCUUCUUCAGGGUGGACCACGACCUGAUGCUGAAGUAUUUUGCUGCGUUUGAGGUUUUCUUCGAGGAGAAUCUACCCAAAUUAUUCCAGCACUUUCAGAGCAACAGUCUGACUCCAGACUUUUACCUCAUAGACUGGAUCUUCACGCUGUACAGUAAGCCGUUGCCGCUGGACGUGGCGUGUCGCGUGUGGGAUUUGUUUUGCCGUGACGGCGAGGAAGCUCUGUUCCGCACGGCGUUGGGAAUCCUGCGCCUUUAUCAGGACGUCCUGCUGCAGAUGGACUUCAUCCACAGCGCCCAGUUCCUGUCUCGCCUCCCGCAGAACACCCCGGCACACACACUCUUCACCUGCAUCGCGAACACACACAUGCUCAGCAACAAUCGCCGCUGGAAUCAGGUGUUUUCAGCUCUGAUGAAAGACGGCCCUAAAGAGGCUGAUAAAACAGGAAGUCCUGCCUUAAGAAGUUAACGGCCCACGUCCUGUGAAGCGUGAGAUAUUGGGAAUAUUGAAAGGGAUCGUCGUGUACAGUGUUAUCGUGUCGGGCUGCAGCGACUCGAGGAAGAUUUCGGGGAGGAAGAUUUCUGCAGCGGAUUCGGCUCACGCAGAGAAGACGUGUGUGUGUGUGUGUGUGUGUGUGUGUGUGUGUGUGUGUGUGUGUGUGUGAAGUUAUCAUGCCAUGUGCCAAAUGUUUGUGACUGUAAAGCAAAUACACACACACAAGCCCAAUACACACUAACACAAGUGUACGGCCGUGCGAUUACGAUGAACAGUCCCUGAGUCGUCGAGGGCGGAGCUUAUUGUAAUCGUAAAUUCAGUCAAACUAUUACUAAUCUGAUUGUAUGAUCUCAACUCUACAUGCUGUUUUUUUUAUUUAUUUAUUUUAUUUUAAAGACUAAAUACUUGUAAAUAGACAGUAUAGUAGCUUAGCGAAUUUACCCGCGCUAGCUAGCUUCCUACACGCAAUACCCAGUUAGCCUAGCUGACGUUAAGAAUACCUCAGUGGCUAGCAGUAGCUAUCCGAGUAAGUUUGGGAGCAAGCUAGCUAACGUUAAGUAGCUGCUGUUGUGAUGUGAUGUGAUGUGAUGUGAUGUCAUCAAGUUAACUUAAGCUCCGCCCUCCUUGACGCAGGAACUCUUGUUAAAUGGCAAAAACAUCACGUUACGCUAGACACGUACUUGAAGACAAGCGACAAAAACGACACUUUACUCCGACACGAUGUUUCCGGAUUCUAACACGUGAACGAAGGCGCGCGGUCUCGCCAAAAAACAAACGGCCCAUUUUAAAACCGUUUUUUUUUUAUAUUAAGAACACCAAGCGACUGGGUUUAAAAACAAAAUACGUAAAAAAAAAUAAAAAUAAAAAAAUUCACAGCUGUGAGCAAUGACCAAACAUACGUACGUAAACCUGUUUAUCGUCAACGUUGUUUUUUUUUUGUUUUAUUUUUCACUACCGUGAUUUAUUUAUUUAUUUUUUUGGUCCAACUUUCCUGAAGUGAAUUUCAUCCAGUUUUUAAAAAUGAGACUCUUCAAUUAACGAAAGAAAAAUGAGAUGAUGGAUCGAGGAGUAACCGGAUUAGAGCUAACAGCUGCGAAUCAGCUACUCGUUUCCAAACACUCGUAAAAACACUACACACACACACACACACACACACACACACACAUAUAUAUGAGCGCUUGCUCUAAAUGCAGUAGUGCUGAUCGUGGCCUUUAAACUCGGAGCUGAUCUGUGAGGCCGAUACACACAAGUGCAAUUCCUACACACACACACACACACACACACACACACACACACACACAGCAGCCAGCAGCCUAAGAGCUGAUACACACUAGUGCCAAACCUUAUAUGACUAACACGCACACACACACUCUGUCCUUUUUGAAACUCUUGUAUGUGCUUUUUAAAUCCUUUUUUUAUUGUUUUUUGGGUUGUUGUUGUUGUUGUUGUUGUUGUUGUUUUUUCAGAAGUCCAGAGAGACCAUGUUUAAAACGAUUUCUGUUCCUUUACACUUCUGAGCUCUGUUCUGAAAACUGACCCUUAAAGGUGCAGUUCACCCAAAAACUAAAAUUCUGUCAUCUGUUACUCCGCCUCGUAUCGUUCCAAAACCCUCAGACCUCCCUCCGUGCUCGGAACACAAACGGAGACGUUUUUAACCAAAGCCAGGAGAUUUCCGUCCCAGGAACCAAAACGUUCGUGAAGGCGUGGUCACCGCUGCGGAAGUGAAGGUAUUUUGUGAAUGAUGGAGUCAGACGGAUUACUUCUACCGUGACUUUAUGAACUUUCUGGAGGUUGAACGUUUUGGUUCCUGGACCGUAAACGGAGGGACGGAAACCUCCCGGGUUCCGUUAGAUGAGCGGAGGUCUGACGGGUUUGGAACAACAUGCGGGUGAGUAAAUGAUGACAGAAUUUUCAUUUGUGGGUGAACUAUCUACCUUUAAAGGUUCUUCAGUCGUCCCUCUGGGGAACCCUUAAAGAUUCUUAGGCAGGUCCCGGAUGGGUGCUUUAGGGAUGAAAAGUUCCAGACUUUAUAGCUAACGCAAGUCUGUAGGUCGUCUGGUAGAACCGUACAACAAAUCAUCUCCAGUUAGAACCUUUUUUUUUUCCUAAGUUAAGACCCCUUAGUUAUCCAGUGAACCCUUAAAAAUCAUUGGAGAACCCUUUGUUCUAAGAGAGUAGGUAUUAACUGGGUACGUGUGCAAUACAAAACCAAGUUAUUGCUCAUUAUUUUUUUUUCUUUUAAUAUCUAGAACCUUAACAAAGAAGUUCUUGGUGCUUAGUACACUCUUAGAACAAGGGUUCUUCAGUGGUUGGAUAAGUAAGCUUGGAAGAACCUUCUCUGAUUAGAAAAUAUAACGUGUAAAUAUAAAAAAAAAAACCGUAAGCUUCUCUAUUUCUAUAUUGAAAGGUUCUUCGAGGGUUCCUGGCCUUCAGAAACGUUUCUGCUGGUAGUCACUGUGCUGUUGGGUUCUAUGGAGGUUCCAAGUAGAGCCCUUUAGAUUGGUAAGAAACUGUUUCUGAGGUCUUUCUAAUAAGUACUACGAGUUCUUAAAAGGGUUCUACUUGGAACUUUCUCUGAUGGCGAAUCGGUUCUCGGGUUCCAUGUUGUUUAUUGGCUCAUUGGAUAAUGAGGAGGUCUUGACUUCUUGUAAGGGUUCUACUUUCUGAUCAGUUCUCAGUUGUAGGAUGGAUUUAAUAUUCUUUUGGGUUUCUUAGCUCUCUACAACGGUUCUGCUCGGAACCUUCUCCUAUACGGACGUUAAGGGACUCUUCUGUUGGCUAACCGAGGGUUCUACUUGAACCCUUUCUGAUAAACACCAAGUUGUAGGGCGCUUUGUAAGACAUAAUGGUUGUUAAGGGCUCUCUGUGGAGCCUUCAGGGUUCUGUAUUAUUUAAGGGCUCAUUUGAUAACCGAGUUCUAAAUACUUGUUCUGCUUUCUGAUAAACACUCAUUUGUAGGGUUCUGCAGUAUUUAAGGUUUCUUGUUGUAUGAUAAUUCUCUUGGCUUUCUAAAGGGGUUCAACCCAGAACUUUUCCUAAUUGGGAAACUGGUAUAGAGGUCUAUAUUAUUUACAAAGAACCCUUUUCUGAUAGACAAACACUCUGUUAUAGGGUUCUAAAUGUUUUAAAUAAACAAAACAAACCAGCGUAGCUAUAGACCUCGUCUUGCGAGCCAGACUUCUCGACCAUGUUUAAUAAAUAAACGUGUCUCAGACCCACCCACUUUCGGAGAAGGAAGCCGUUUGAUUGACACGGCAGGCGACCAAGCGCAGCCUUUUCCUCAACCCUGUGAGAUUUUGUUUGUUUGUUUGUUUACUCACCGCUAACUGCCUUUAAAAACUGUUUUCCAUGAACUUUUUUUGGUUCUUCCUCUGAAAUGUAAUAAAGUGUCGGAAAGCUGUGCACAGAGAACCAAUCAGAACGUAAAUCUCGACGAUCCUGAAUCUUGUGGCCAGAAAAGGGUACGAAAGAGAAAUCAGAUGCUCGCUGUAUCCUGUGGGCGGAGCCUCAGACGCGGAGACUUUAACCUUGGCUACGCGCGCUAGUUUAGUUAAGGGCUUUUUAGCUAAUGUUUUAUGGAUCUCAAGCUAGCUUUGACGAUUUACUUUGAGUUAGCGUUCCAGUUCCACUUCCCGAUCUUCAUGAUUAAACCGUGGUGUUCAUCUGAGAGGCGAGGAUGAUGAUGAUGCGAUGAUGUAAUCACCUGGUCCAUAUCAGCCAAUGGUGGGCUGACUUGACAAAAAAACAGGAAUAAUAAUAAUAAUAAUAAUAAUGUGUGGUCUCUCUGGACUUUCAUAUCAUGGAGUUUUUGUUAACGUGUGAGAAGCUUGGUGAUGCGAAAGUUUUCGCUCCCUUCCAUCAUGAAUGUUCUAGCAGGAAGAACCCAGUAAGCUGCUGCUCGCUGGAGCUCCAGAGCUGUAAACACGUCCAGACUUCCUGUUUCAGAGUUAUUUUAUAUAGUUUUUUAAGCACUAAAAGCGACUUUGAAGGCUGGAUCGAUGUUUUAUAUGAAAUCGUUUGACCAAAUAAUUUUCUUAAACUACCGCCUCGUGACGUCACGUAACGCGUUAAACAGUUCACGCGGAGCCGCUUUAACGCAUCAUCACCAUCACCUCCCGUACGGUCGGAAACAAGAAGGCGAUUCUUUUGAUCCAGAGCGUCGGUGUUUAAAGAAGUACGGUGUAUCGAGUACUAACUCGCUUUUUAUUUCCUUUUGAAAUUCAAGCUCAUUAUUGUACAGGUUUGGGUUUGUUUUUGUUUUUUUUUACAUGCUGUCAGUGUUGUAUAUAAACUGUGAAAUGAUUUCUCUAGAUUAGAAAUGUAAAUAUAAAUUAAUUACAUUCCCAAUACGCACGUGUCUGUCGUUUUUCUUUGACUCUUUUUUUUUCUUUCGUUUACAUAUUUACGGACGCAGAGGUGGAGAAAACAAACUAAAGUGCUCACGCAUCAUUCUUUCCACAUAAGAUAACUCACGACUUAAGGCUAACUGAUU